CUCUUUCUCUUUUUUUUUUUUUUUUUUUUUUUUUUCCUCCUCUCCCCUUUUCUUUUCCUCCCCCCUCCCCUUUCCUUCCUCCUCCUCCUCCCCUUCCCCCGACAGCGUAGCCGGGGCUCGGGCUCGUUCCCUCCCCUGUGCCCUCCCCUGGAGCCGCCGCCGCCUCCGCCGCCGCACACACGGAGACAUGUACCCGGGAGCCCCCUCCGCCGGACCCGUGCUCACACCUCCUCCCCCAUUGCCACCACCAAUACAGGGAUAUGCCUUUAAACCUCCUCCUCGACCAGAUUUUGGCACUUCUGGGAGAACAAUCAAACUGCAGGCCAACUUCUUUGAAAUGGACAUUCCUAAAAUAGAUAUCUACCAUUAUGAAUUGGAUAUAAAGCCAGAAAAAUGUCCUAGAAGAGUUAACAGAGAAAUAGUGGAGCAUAUGGUUCAGCACUUUAAAACCCAGAUUUUUGGGGAUCGCAAACCAGUGUUUGAUGGAAGAAAAAAUCUUUAUACAGCUAUGCCACUUCCCAUUGGGAGAGAUAAAGUGGAGCUGGAGGUCACUCUGCCAGGAGAAGGAAAGGACAGGAUAUUUAAGGUGGCCAUCAAGUGGAUGUCCUGUGUGAGCUUGCAGGCUUUACACGAUGCUCUCUCUGGCCGGCUGCCGAGCGUCCCCUUUGAGACCAUCCAGGCCCUGGACGUGGUCAUGAGGCACUUGCCUUCCAUGAGGUAUACUCCUGUGGGGAGAUCUUUCUUUACAGCUUCAGAAGGGUGCUCAAAUCCUUUGGGUGGUGGCAGAGAAGUUUGGUUUGGCUUCCAUCAGUCAGUCAGACCUUCAUUAUGGAAAAUGAUGCUAAAUAUUGAUGUGUCUGCAACUGCAUUUUACAAAGCACAGCCAGUUAUUGAGUUUGUCUGUGAAGUUCUGGACUUCAAAAGUAUUGAAGAACAACAAAAACCUCUGACAGAUUCCCAAAGGGUAAAGUUUACCAAAGAAAUAAAAGGUCUGAAGGUGGAGAUAACACACUGUGGACAAAUGAAAAGGAAGUACAGAGUGUGCAAUGUCACCAGACGACCAGCAAGUCACCAAACAUUCCCACUUCAGCAGGAGAAUGGACAAACAGUUGAAUGCACUGUAGCUCAGUAUUUUAAGGACAGGCAUAAAUUAGUUUUACGCUACCCUCACCUUCCAUGUUUACAAGUUGGACAGGAGCAGAAACACACAUACCUUCCUCUGGAGGUGUGCAACAUAGUGGCAGGACAAAGAUGCAUCAAGAAACUCACUGACAAUCAAACUUCCACUAUGAUUCGAGCCACUGCCAGAUCAGCCCCGGACCGGCAGGAAGAGAUCAGCAAAUUGAUGCGGAGCGCCAGUUUCAACACAGACCCUUACGUCCGGGAGUUUGGGAUCAUGGUCAAGGAUGAAAUGACAGAUGUGACUGGCAGAGUCCUUCAGCCUCCCUCCAUCCUCUAUGGAGGCAGGAAUAAAGCAAUUGCUACACCAGUGCAAGGUGUCUGGGACAUGAGGAAUAAACAAUUUCACACUGGAAUUGAAAUAAAGGUUUGGGCAAUUGCCUGCUUUGCUCCCCAGCGCCAGUGCACUGAAGUUCAUCUUAAGUCCUUCACAGAACAGCUGAGGAAGAUUUCCAGGGAUGCUGGAAUGCCAAUCCAGGGGCAGCCCUGCUUCUGCAAAUACGCCCAGGGAGCCGACAGCGUGGAGCCCAUGUUCAGACACCUCAAGAACACUUACACUGGGCUGCAGCUGGUCGUGGUCAUUUUGCCAGGAAAAACACCAGUCUAUGCGGAGGUGAAGCGCGUUGGCGACACGGUGCUGGGAAUGGCCACUCAGUGUGUGCAGAUGAAAAACGUCCAAAGAACAACACCACAAACUCUGUCCAACCUUUGCUUAAAAAUAAAUGUCAAAUUAGGAGGUGUAAAUAACAUUUUACUGCCCCAGGGAAGACCCCCAGUAUUCCAACAGCCUGUCAUAUUCCUUGGUGCAGAUGUAACUCACCCUCCAGCUGGGGAUGGGAAGAAGCCUUCCAUUGCUGCAGUUGUAGGAAGCAUGGAUGCUCAUCCCAACCGUUACUGUGCCACGGUGCGGGUGCAGCAGCACCGCCAGGAAAUCAUCCAGGACUUGGCUGCCAUGGUCAGGGAGCUGCUGAUCCAGUUCUACAAAUCAACGAGGUUCAAACCAACUCGAAUCAUCUUCUACAGGGAUGGUGUUUCUGAGGGGCAGUUCCAACAGGUUCUCCACCACGAGCUGCUGGCUAUCAGGGAGGCUUGCAUUAAACUGGAGAAGGAUUAUCAGCCUGGCAUCACAUUUAUAGUGGUGCAGAAAAGGCACCACACCAGACUCUUCUGCACGGAUAAAAACGAACGGGUUGGAAAAAGUGGAAACAUUCCAGCUGGUACCACAGUGGACACAAAAAUCACCCACCCCUCAGAGUUUGACUUCUACCUGUGUAGUCAUGCUGGGAUUCAGGGAACAAGCAGACCUUCUCACUACCACGUGCUGUGGGAUGACAAUCGCUUCUCGUCGGACGAGCUGCAGAUCCUCACCUACCAGCUGUGCCACACGUACGUGCGCUGCACGCGCUCCGUCUCCAUCCCUGCUCCCGCCUACUACGCUCACCUGGUGGCCUUCAGGGCCAGGUACCAUCUGGUGGAUAAGGAACACGAUAGUGCUGAAGGAAGCCACACUUCUGGCCAGAGCAAUGGCAGAGACCACCAAGCACUUGCUAAGGCAGUCCAGGUGCACCAGGACACGCUGCGCACGAUGUACUUUGCUUGACAUGUUUUAAUGUUCAGCGGCUCCGGACAAGGCAGAGUUGGAUUCACACCAGACCAGCUGCACUUAGACCAACAGAUGCCCCAGCCCAGGGACAGCCAGCAAUGAGUGAUGCAUCUUUGUUCCUUUCUUUCCCAUCUGCAAGGAAGCCUUCCGUCCAGAAUUUCAGACUUGAUCACAAACUGCGUUCUUGUACCAAACCCCACUGUUGUCGGAAAUGUGGUUUGCCAAAAAUCUCUGAGCUGCUUGCUAUAAAACAGACCCAGAUUUUAUAAUUAAAUCAAGAGCUGCAAUCUCAGGGCUUAGGGAAGAAAAACAAAAAAAACCAAACCAACAACCCAACCCACAAAACUCCUCAUUCACUUUGCUGUUCAUUGAGUUGGUUUUGAUAAUUUGGAAAGAUCUAAUUCAUACUAAGGUUUGAUGAGCUAAAACGCUGUGAAUCAGCUUUUAGUACAAAGGAAAGCAAAGCAUUUUUUGAGUAUUUAUGAAGCCUUGAUUAUUCUAGAUGCAUUUACAAAAUUUUUAUUUUCAAAAUAAGAGCGUGACAAAAUUCUGGUUUCUAAUUGUCUUAUAAAGAUUAUUCUCAGAUUAUUCUCUGUGUCUAAGGACAAAUGUAUUUUCUGAAGCUUGUUCUUGAAUGUUUUUUAUUGUGCUGCAUUUUAAAAUGUUUUUCAUAGACUAAAGAUGAGCUUAAAAAAAAAGAGUAAACCUGUACCUAAGCUUUUAAUAGCUCCAGUUAGAUUGGCAGAAGAAAAUGUGCCAUUUAAAAAAAUUUGUAAAGAUUUUUUAAAAUCACACUGACAGCUAACUUUAGGAUUAGUCAUACAGGACUGUGACACUUACUUUCCAAAGUCUCUAAAGAAUACGGGUCUGUGGUGAUAAAUACAGUACAAUCCUUUUUCACUGUUGUUUGAGUUAAUGUAAAUUUUAUAUAUGUUUCACAGUAUUAAUGUGAUAGACUAGAUGCUAUUAUUUAUUUUUAUUUACUAAGGAGUGCUCAUUAUACUUCUGUUAACAUAUCAAGAAUGCUUUGAACUUAGAAAGUAAGAUCCUUUUUGUGGGGACAUUACUCCUCAAAUGCAAAAAAAAAAAAAUAUGCAAUCGAUGUGGUGAGAGGAGAGAGAUGCAGCCAGUGUCUGUUGUAGCUUGGGAUUUGCAGAAAGGCUUUUUCAGUGUGCACACAACACAGCAGGUUUUACCUCUGCGGCUCAGACGCACACAAGACCAACAUCCUACAUUCAUUCAAGCACAAAACAAUUGUAUUUUAUUUAAAUGUUGAGUAGUGGUGAAGCAGGAGCUCUGCUAGAGGAGAGUGGCUUGCUGGAAGUUAGGCACAAGUCAGAGAAUCUAUGCAGUAAAGAUGAAAAUUAGGAAACUGAAGUUUACUUAGGGAGGGAGGUGGAGCUCUCUUCAUUAUGCAUAAGAUCCGUAGGAAAUGUGAGAGUUUUGCCAUUCUCUAAGGAGAAGCAUUAAUUACAACUGAUAAUUAUGUGACAGAUGCUUCUGUUAGUUUGCACACUGGAUUCAUAAAAACCAUAACACACAUGUAAACCAUUGCACUAAUGAUGAUGCCACGAGCAGGUUUAGGAGAAAAUGGAAAAAGCCCAGGAAAGUUGUUUAUGCUGACUUGAUCUUGUUUGUUUUUCUGUGGGAUAAGUGAAAUAAGAUGCUGAGAGGCAGGUUGGAAAAACCUUCAUUCUCCUCCACUGAUGGAUUUUGCUUUGUCUUUUCCCUUUUCUCCGAGCAGCUGCUCAGUCUCUGUUUGGACACUUUUACCUCUGGCCACUGGGAUGGGCAAGUAGCUUUAAGCCAUGCAGAGCUCUGGGCCACAGAGCAGGUCAGCUGCAACCAGGUGGUGUUGGAUAAGCUAGAAAAUGCCCAACCUUUGCUGCAUACAGACUUUUUUAGGUACAUAAUUCCAGUUCAGAUCUUCACCUUGUAGCAGUGUGUCGGUUGUCGGUGUUUUGUAGGUGAAAUGUAAAACCUGUUAAUGGAAUAAUCAUAUUUGUACUAUUCUAAUUGGGUGAUUAGGCUGCUGGCUCCCAGUGUCUUCUUUGUCAUAGUUCUGUAAAUUCAGAUUUCUGUAAAUUUGAAGCAAAUCCUAGGUAGCAGUGUCUGUGUUGCUGUGUGCCAGCGAGGUUGUACCUACCUCCCCUCAAGCACCCCUGAGCUGCAGAUCCUCCCCGUGGUGGGUGUGUUGCACUUCUCUGUGUUUCCUUCAGAGCUUUCCUAUUUCAGUGAAGAUAUUCAUUUGGCAGAGUUUUAUAUAAGAAUUAUUUUUAUAUGAAUUCUUCUUAGCAAAUAGGAUAAAGAUCAUCAGUUUUAAGACAUCAUUUAACUUAUUUGCUGUCUGUUAUGCAGAGACCUCUUGGAUGUGAAAUUCAUCUCCCCCUCUUUCCAUGCAGAUCUGGGACAGUGGAAUUGUACAGGUGGUCAGAUGGGGUGAGGAGGGCAGGAUCUGUCUUGACCUUAAAUCUCAUUUCUGAAGCAGCCUGGGACUGCACUGCAUCCUAUUUAAGAUAUUUCCUUUGUGAGAGAAGGAGUUUUAGGCAGGCCCUUCAUCUGAGAGUAGCUGUUGUUUGUGCAUCCUCUUGGAAUGAGCAGAAAUUAUGUAGCUUUCCUUCCCUAAGUAUGAAGAACUUGGGAUGUUUAUGUGCAUUUCAGGACAUUUUUACCUUUUACAGACCUUUCUAAGCCUCUAAUACUGCUAAUUCUUUAUGCCUUGUGAUUCACAGAAAGACUCCACAACUGGUAAAGGUGUAAAGUAAGUCUGUAUUUAUUUGGUGAUGGGCAAAUUAAUUUCUAAGCCUCAUGUCUCACUUGUGUCUUCCUCCUUUUCCCUCCCACCAGUGGUGAAUUAGUGAAUAAUUUAAAGCAUAAAAAAAAAAUAUUAGGUAUAUACUUUGUAAAGUACAGCAUGCUGGAAGUCCAGCACCUCUCUUUCUGGGAAUGUUUUUAACAUCAAUUACAUACUCUAAAAUGUCUCCUGUCCAAAAAAAACCUGCCACAUACACAUAAACUCCUAGAAUUAUUUUUUAUUCUGUACUUCCCACAUGUCUGGUGUAGAACAGCAACAUCUCAGGUCAGCACAAAGCUCAAGAAGUCUCUGUCUCCCCCAGGCUGCUGGUGGAGAAGUGCCAGCUGAGGUCACAGCUCUUGAGUCUGGGUCACUGUCCAGGUCAGCUCAGCAAUAACCAAAUUUGUGCCACCCUUGGGCACUUGGGGCAUUUUCCAGCCUGUGCAAAGGAGUCCCAUGGCACAACCCCCCAAAACAGCAUCAGCAAGUGUGAAAUGCUCCUCUUGGGAGGUGACAAGUACUGACAAAAUACUUAAAAGUUUGUCUUUUUUCCCCUGAUGUGCAAAAUCUAAUGCAAUAAUGAAGUUUGCUUGGUGGUGGAAAUUUCUGCUGCAGUGGCUGAACAGAGUAACCAGUGCACUCCAUCUGUUCCAGCCCCCAGGAAACAACUGAGCUGAUCCUUAGGAGCAAAUGUCCUGUUGGGAAAAGCUGGAAGGAGGUGGAUUUGUCUCUGCCUUGAUGUGGCAUUUAAGACAGCCCUAUGCAAUUUAACACAUGUGUGUGUAUGCACUGAUGUACAGAGUGAGGUCACUUGUUUUACUAGAGCUCCUUUUUUUGGCUUGGCUUGCUUUAGAAUAUUUGACUUUGUGAAUUACAAUCAAUGAUCUUCCAUGUUCCAGAGGCUUUGGCACAGGAAUUGCCUUGUUUCUUGAUCUGUCAGGUAACAAAUCCCUUUGAUCUCCAUCCAGGCCCCCAGGCAGCAUUCCCUGAUUGUAAAAGCAAAAAGGUUGUGAAGGUUUGGCUUUAAUUCUGCCUCUCUCAAUAACUCCUGCAGCCUUUGUUGUAACAGAGUCUUGUUCUUGUUGGAUCAUUUUUAUAACAGAAGACAAGAGGUUUUUCCACCAGGAUUAUCAAAUUAAAACUGCUGGAGAGGAGGUGUGAGGUGUUUAGUUUUUGUUUUUUUUUUUCUGAAAAGAUUGAAGUUUCUAAGAUGUUUCUAAGUUUUUCUUUCUGACUAAAGUUGUUCAUGUAUGUGCCCAAAGGCUUUUGGUUAAAUAGCAGACUCAGUCAAAUAAGCACCUCUGGUGGCAUAAAUAACCCAUAAGGGACUUUUUUUUUAAUAUAUAUAUCUUUUACUCAUUAACUAAACGAAUGUAAGAAGAGUUCUCAGUAUUUUUCACACUUGAGACCAGUGUAAUUAAACUCACUUGUUUUCCUGUUUUUUUUAAUGCUCUUCUCCUACCAUAGUAUCUCUCUUGGUGUGGCUUUCCCCAUUCCUAAUGCAGGAUAGUCCUUUGUUUUUUACUUUUAUAUUCCAUUUGGUCACAUGCUUCUUGAUGCACACAUGCCAUCUUUCUUAAGGAAAACUUCAAGUAGAAGGUAAUUGCACUGAUUGUUGGGUUUUUUAAACUCCCUUUUUACUGUAAGAUUUUUUUUUUUUUUUUGCAUCUGCUGUAGCUGUUUGAAAAUACUGUAAAUAGUGCUCUGCACAGCAAGUACUGAAAUGCUGGGGAUAUAACAAGAUUCCUUGUUCUAUUUUCCAGAAUACUGCCAUAUUUUCCAGUGUUGAGGUGUGAGCUUUGGUGUUAAAUGCUGUUAGACUUAGUGUGCAUCAUGGUGUCAAUCCAAGAAGGGCACAGUUUCUGUAUCACAGUGGAAAUACUUAGAGUUUGUCUGAAUUUAUAAAACAUUCUUCCUUCUCUGCUCAGUGCACAUUUCUUCCAGACCACAGAGAUGCAGUUUUUCAGCUCUCAUUGUGCUCAUUGUCUGUGCAAGGUUCAAAUGCCAGUUUUGGUAUCAGUUUGAUGACUGAUGGCAUUCAUGUAAUAUUUGGAUUAUCAGAUGUAGCUCUCCCAGGUGUUCCUUGCUUGUCUGAUUCUUGUGUUGUAGAAGGAGAGUCCAUGGAUGUGGCAGAAUUUAGUGGAAUGACAGGGAUUUGGGAUCCAGUUAGGAUGUCUUGCUGUCUGUCCCUGCAUGGUGUGGGACUGGGCAGUGCAGAGUUUCAGUGCUCUGAGCUGCCCUUGGAUCUCCCAUCCAUCCAUCCAUCAGCAAUUGCCUUUUGCUUCCAGAACCCUCAGGGACAGGACAGACCCCAACUCCAGCCCCAGUGGCUGAUAUUGGGGUGCAAACCAGCAGGUUCUGCCUUGUGUUUCUGAGGGUUAAUGACUGGAAAGAUGCAUUUCUGAGAGGGUUUAAUCCAGAUUGUGUGGGAAGGGGGUGCUGUGUGUGCUUGGUGUGGCACGGAACCUGUUUGAUCCCACUUGGUGUCUCAGUUGCUUUGUCAGAGUAGUUUCUUUGAAGUGUUAAUUUGAAUGUAAUUGCUUGGCCAAAUCACUACCAAAGUGGGUUGGUGGGAAUCUUUAGUUUCAAAGCAGGUGCAGUUCAAGGCUACCUCCUGUAUUCCUUCAUGGAAGAAUUAAUUGAAGUGAACUUCCCACUGUGCAGCCAAAAUGCUCCCAGAGGGACUGGGCUUGUCCUGGUCUAUUCCCUACUGGGCAGUGCCAUACUGUGAUCCUGGGUGGCUGCUCAGCCUUCCCUCUGUCUUCCAGAGGCAUCCCUGUGUACUGAGAGGGUGCCAGACCUGGCAAGUGGCACAUCUGGCACAUCUGCUUCUGGUCAGGGUCACUCCAUAGCAGCAGCUCCCUCUGUGACCUGUCCCUUCACUUGAGUUUCUAUACUGUUGUUUCCCAAAUGAAAAAUGUUUCUGUACUUCACCCGUUGGCCAGAAAAUGUCAGGUUUUCUCUGCAAAUGACAUGAAGGUGCUUGAAAUACAUUUUGAGUCUGAGGCAAAAAAAUAUGUAUUGGAUUAUUUUUUCAGUGUGUUUUUAGGUAAGGUGACAUGCAACUGUAAGAAUGAAAAUACUUUAUUCCCUGCUCAGAAAAUAAUAAACAUUAAAAUGUGGGGAAAAAACCCAAACCAGAACACCAAAAACCAGCCCCAAACCUGAGUAUGUUCAUCUUGGGACAGUUUGGUGUCAGUUCUGUGCAAAGGCUUGGCCAAAACUCAACCUUGACAUCAGUGCAUGUGGACUGAGGGUACUUUAGGUGACCUGAAAUGAAACUGUAGAAAACUGUCUUAAUGCAUCAGAUUUUGUUUUCAGUUAUUCCGGACAAUUAUCUCAGAACAAACCACUCUGCUGACAGAAAUACCUGUUGGAGCACAGUGUGCUGGUGUGGUUUCAUAGCAGUGUUAAAGUUGGUUUUUAUUUAUAAGUAACUGGGCUUUCUGCUGUGGAUUUUGGCCUGUCAGAGUGAGUUUUCUGAGAUUCUGUGCUCCCUGUGAUUUCCUUCCCCCAAUCUCUGGGUCUAGAUACUAAUGAAGCUCAUCCAUGGCAGGAGGAUUGCUUGUGUCCUGACUUUGUGGAACCAGAUUUUGCAAGUGACUGAAUAAACCAUUCUAAACCAGCUCAUUGAUAACUGAACAUGGUAAAAUCCUGUCAGUUUGGUUCAGUUCUCAGUCAUGAUUUAACAAAGGCCCCCCAAAAGUGUGAAGGGCGGGGUUAGUGGCUGCUUUGGAGGAGAUGUUUCACUACAUUGUGCACUGCAGAUCGAGGACACUAUUGCUGGCAGGGCUUGCACUGUGCAGAGGUGCUGAACAGCUCCUCUGUCAUUGGUGGGAGCAGAGUUUUGUGUUUUCCAGACAAGGCAGACCCAGGAUCAUCAGGAAGUUUGGGGAGUGAAGGAGCUCCACGCUGGUGCUGCUCAUGCCCUAGAGGAGAGAAACUCUGGGUACCUCAAGCCUUGGGGAAAUGAAAGAGGAAGUGAGGGGAGACAUUUCUUUCAAAAUUGCCAAUUUAAGCACUUGGUAAGGUGACAGUUUAAUUCUUAGUUUUCCUUCUGGCUUCUCUGCAAGUGAAAUCCUGCACCCUGCACCCAGCUGCUGGCCCCAUCCCAGAAGGGGAAGGCUGCAGGGCCUGAGCUCCCUGAGUUGAUUUCUGGUGUUGGGGAGCUCUCACUUGGCUGGGGUUGGGCCAGGGGGGCUGCUGGAUCUGGAGGGACGAGAGGUUGGCAGGAGUUCAUUGUAGGAGUUCUGCAAGUGGCAGCCCUGCAAACCCACAGCACCAGCUGCAGGCUGUGGCUGCUCCUUCCUCCCACCUAAAUAUCCCCAAAAAAGCAAUUCCUUAGGAUUUGUCCAUGCACUGCCUCAGCAGAUCCAGUGUAAACCUGCUGGGGCUGCUCUUCACAACCAACCUCCCUGAGGCUCCCUGAGGAGCCUUGGCUUGCAUGGCAGUCUGUGUCAAAGGGAAUAAUCCUCUCCACAGGGCUCUCAGGAGUGCACAGGUUUUAGUUAUGUUUUUCCCCCACAUUUUGGAUGUGCUGUUGAACUUUGAACCAUGGACUUUGUUAUUUUUUUUCUCCCUUCUUUAAGCACAACUAAACACCUGCUGGAACAGAGCUGCUCUCUGCUCAUCAGCAGGGAUUGCAGAUGCUGUCUGACCCGGGAGCAAGCCUAGGAGUUGUCCCCAAAAUAUAAAUUUAAACUUUUCUGGUCAUUUUAUAGGGUUUUUUGGGUGUGCUUGGCAAGCAUGAAUGGUGAACAGGUCAGCAGGCAAGCCUGGGAGUCUCUGAUCCCCUGGCUGGUGCUGUUUGUGUUUGCUUUGUUAGCUUAGAUUUCCUGUCAGAAAAAAAAAAAAAGUGGAUUCUUUUCUGUAUUUAUCAGCUUUUCCUGGUUUUAAAGCCAUGAACAGAGGAAGCUUCAGUCAUGCUGGUUUUUGUGAAAUUCCCAUUUUUGCCUGAUAUGUACUGGACUCAAAGCAGAUCCUGUCUGGGCUUUAUGGGCACCCCAAAGCUUCAGCUGCUGGGGGUUGGGUCAGACCUCUCAUGUACCAACAUAAGAUGCAGUGAAUUUUGUUUCUAGAUUUCACCAAAGUUAAGUUCUGCAUCAACUGUGCUCAAACCUCACUGUUUUAUAGCUCUGCUUCUAUGCUAUUAAAAAACCAAGGAUUUGAUCCAAAGUCUGUCAUUCCUGCUAGAUUUUCUUGUGAAACUUAAAGACUGAGCUCUUCAACUGCUCAUCUCAUUUACAAAUGACAACUUCAUAACUGCAUUUUAAAGAAACUAAGAGGAAAAAAACAAAACCAAAAAACCCAUCAAAAACCAUUAAGGAGUAAGUUUUACAUUUUUCUUGGAAAAUCAAAUUUUCAAUGAGGUGCAAUGAGGAAUUACAUCUGGCAAAGUUCUGUGCCAUCCUGAAGAGUGUUACCACUUCUUUUCUGUAAUUUGUUGAUAAAGCUUAGUAGAUUUUUUGGAUCUGUUUGUGUCCCUUUCUGUGUGUGUGCACACAUGUGUGACAGGACAGGAGACAGUGUAUAGGCUGUCUGUAAGAGAUACCAAGGCAGUAUUUGGCUGGAAAUAACAAGCACAAUUUCCCUGGCUUUUGCAGUAUUUUAUUGUACAAUCACAAAGAUUUCAGCAUUUAGGGCAGUUGAUAAGUAAAGAUCCAGCCCCAGAUUUCUGUGCAGUGGAGUGGUGGACUUGAUCCUGGGAGGGCAAGAUGGAAAACAGAAUGUACUGAUUAAAUUUUUUUUUUUUUGCUUUAAUUUUGGUACAUUGCAAAAUUAACUGACUUUAUCUUUUAAGGUUUUAAUCUUUUAAUAGUUUCAAAAAUUCUUUUAAAAUUAUUUUUUAUAAAAUAACUGAAAAAAAAGAACCAAAAAUCAAUCCAGAAGCUUCAUAUUGUAAAUGUUCCCUCCAAUCAAAAUGUUUUUGUGACCAUUUAAAGUUUGUUUGUUGUUUUUUUUUUUCUGAGGAAAAAAGAAAGCUAUGAUGUUAAGGUUGUUCCAAGUGGUACUAAAUGUGUGUUGAGUAGUGUUGUGUGUGUGUUGCAUCUCUGUGCAACUCUCUCGUGCUUGCAGUAUAGAAAUGAUUGGUGCUGGCUGGGUGAGAGUAGCACUUGUAAUGCAAAACCAGGCCCAGAAUUCCCCUCAGCUGAUCUGCAGGGCAUCCCUGGCACUGCAGGGUUUGCCAUGGAGGUUGUGGCAUCACUUGGCAGUGCUGGGGGGUCACGGGGGGUGGAGCUCACCCAUUGCUUCUCUCGCUGCCCUAGCUGAGCGCUUGUGUGAUGCUGUGUGGCCACGCCACUUUAAACUAAGCCUUAACUAAAUGAUAAAUGUGUCAGAUUCCUCUCUCAGAGUAUGCAAAAAUACUGUUUAACUACAGGAGGAUGUUCCUGUAGAGCUUCAGUGUUAGCCAAGGCAGUCUCCUGAUGUGAGAAACAAGGGACACCUGUAGCUGUCUGUACUGUGAUGCCUCUUUGGGUGCUGGCUGUCACAGGCUCUCGGGCAGUCCUCUGGCAGCUGACCCCAAACAGGCUUUCCCAAAUCCCAGCUUUUUGUUGUUCUUGUUGUCAGACCUAUUCUCAUUCCUCCCCCUGCCAGCAAAUCUCUGCCUGAAGGAGGAUUGUGAUUUAACACUUCAAAUUUUACAUCCCAGAAAAAGCCAUUCUUGAAUUCCGUGCUUGCUUUCGGGUAGGUGCCAUUGCUUCCACUUCAUAUGACUGACAUAGGAUCCUUAAAACAUUUUAAAUAGAGGCAAAAAAAAAAAAAAGUGUUGGGGACCCAGCUUGCUUUUAUUUUAUUUUUUUUCCAAUUUGGAUCUACCUCAUGUAACCAGUUGGGUGCUAAUUACUCAAAUUGUCAAGGAGAUUUGGCAAAGGUGACCAAACCGACCCCAUCCGCGGCCCAAACCCUCAGGUUUCUUGUUCUGAAACAACAAUCUUGGUUUUGAGUUCUAUUCUUUGUGCCUUUGUGUUUUUUCUCCCCAGUGCACAACAAUCAAAACUCAUCUUCCUGAUUAAAAACAGCAGAUGAUUUUUAACUGGGCCACAAAAAACUGAAUUUGAAAAUAUUUUUUGGUGUAGCAAGUUGUAAAAUCAUGUAUCACAGCUGACCUAGGCAAAGAGAAAUACCCAAUAAAGAAGGUUUUGGAAAUGUUUAAUCCUGACCCCAGAUCUCUCCAUCUCUGUCUCUAUAUAUGCACAUAGCACACGACUUUGUGUAUGUGUACAUAUAUAAAUAUAAAAUGAAGGGAUACACGUGUAGGGGUGAGGGAAUAAAACAUCAUUGACUUUUCCACAGUUUUGUAUGUGACAGUUUACAGCUAUGUGUAAGUUUUUUCUACUACGUGAACCUUUUUUACUCAAAAAGAAUUCCUUUUUGGAAAGCUUUAAGUUGUGAUAUGCUAUCAUUUUUUGAAGUUUAAAAAAUUUUUUAAAAAUCCACUAUUUACCAGUACCUACUACAGAGGGGGAAUCUUUGCUGUAAAAUCGUAUUUAGUUUAAAUAUUAAAAGAAAAAAAAAUCUAUAUAUGGGAUUGUAAAAGUGCAUUCCAUCAUGGCAGGACUCCCCAGCUGUUUCCUAAGGCUUUCUGUUGCAGAGAGACUCAAGCAAAAGGAAAAUGCCUCUGUUCAGUGUUUUUAUAAAACUGCUCCAUCAGGUCUAGACUUAAGCUAUAUUUUCUAAAGCCUAAUCAUCCUUUAAUAUGCUGCAGAUAAAUGAUCAGCAUGGUUGCACUUUCUCAGUAAUAAUGUUUGCCCUGCAAUUGGCUCGUGAUAAGGACUUUAGUUUUUUAACAAAACCAAUCGUACUUUGGGCAGAAGGUAAUAUUUAUAGAGGUACCUCAAGAUAAAAAAAUAAAAAGAGCCUGAAUAUGCUGCAUUUUGUUUCUUUAACAUUUUUCAUGUAGCAUUUGUUUGCUUUUCUGGUUUUUUAGGAGACGACUUAGCUACCUGUUUGCUUUGGGGGACCCCAGUAGUGUUUUAGGCCGUUGUUUUCUCUGGAUCUCGCAGAAUGUAGUAUCCUGCCUUGGGAUCAUGCAGGAGUUUGGGGUGGGAUGUGCCCUGCAGUGUGUACACACGGGGAGGGGGACCAUGGAAAUUUGCUUUAUAGACUUCAGAAAAGGAGGAAAAGGAUACUAUAUUCCUAAAACAGACAAUACAUGUUCCUAAUUCCUAAUUAUGGUUUGUGGGGUUUAUUCGGCUCGUUCUGCUUUCUUGACUCUUUUCUCAAAUACGAGUGUGGAAAGGGGCAGUUGAUUAAUGGGGGCACACAGUGACCAAACCUGUCCCACUGGUGGGUAUUUUGGGGGUGAUUCCCCAAAUCCAUGGGUAAGAGCAGUACCCCACGUUGGAGCAGGAUCCUCCUGUUCUCUGCCUGCUCCCUACUGCAGGUCCACCCUCUACUCCUUCAUUUCCGAGUCAGUGAAAAUCUAAAAAUGUGCAGAGAUGGGGAAUUUUUGUUGAGAACUGUUGAAGGAAGCUUCAAAGGCUGUGAAAUUGAGCAUUUAUUGUCAUGUUUUUAAGCUUAGGUGGGUCCUUUUCCAAGUUUGUUUUACAGCUUGCAAGGUAAAAUAGUUUGCACUACUUUUGCAAUAAACUCAUGAAAAACCUAACAGGUUCUGUUCUGGUUUCUUACUGUAUAUAUACAACUAAUACUAAAGAUUUAGCAUAGUGUUUUUCACCUCAAAACAUAAGACUUGUAACAAGCUCAGAAUGCUGUAAUUCCUGACAAAAUAAUGAUGUGAAUGAUAUUUUAUAAAGUUAUUUUGUAUGGUGUCGAUUUUGUUUUGCCGCAUAGAAUGUCAAUAAAAUAAAAUUCCUCAUCUUUACAAGA